AAAAUAGUCUUGCUAUAUAUUGGGCGCAGGGCGGUGAGGAGAACUCCACUGUUCUUCGCUGAAGAGUCCACCAAGUAGAGAGUACUUCUCAGUUUCUAGCCCCUUCAGUAUAAAUUGAGCAACGUCUUCCUUUCUUCUAUUUCUCCCAUCGACUUCUCUUGCUGUACAGUCCCAAAGUAGAUUUGAAAAUCAAAGAUAGUUUUGCUUGCAACUCGAGCAUGGUUUGACCCAACCAAUUGUUACGAAGACGAUGGAGAAAUUUCUGUUGCAGCAACUAUGGUGGUGUGCGAUUGCGAUGAAGGUGCGAUUGAUGUGUGAAAUCCACACCUACAUCCUCGCUGGUUGAAUUCCAGGUCUCUCCUGGGAAAAAAGCUAAGAAAGAGGUGAUCAUGGUUGAUCCUUUGGAAGCCAAGAGGUUAGCUGCCAAACAAAUGGAACAAAUUAAAUCAAAGGAGAAAUUCAAAAGAAGACGUCAAAUCGAAGCGAUUAAUGGAGCAUGGGCUAUGAUUGGUCUCACAGUAGGAUUAGUCCUUGAAGGCCACACAGGGAACAGUAUUCUGUCUCAGUUGGCUGGAUACUGGGCGGCCUUUAUCGGUCUUUUUGUGAGAUAGACAUCUUCUGUUUGUAUCACCAAGAUUCGAAGAACUACAGGAUCACACCCCCAAAUCAUUCUUCAGAACUCAAGUUAGGUUUUUCAAAUUUGUUGUUCUCUUUUUCAUCAACUUACAUUCGUUGUAAAAUAUGAUUUGAAUUGAUCUCAGCUUUCUACCACAUGUUUUUAUUUUAUUUUUCCUUCCCUGAACAAACUGGAAACCAAUUCUUGAUCAUACGCAAUAAAACUCGUUUCCCUAUGGAAUUGAUUGGUAAUGUAGAC